AUGUCGGCAGGAGGAGUGCCCAGCUGGGCCAUCACUUCGUCCUCGGCCAAGUUGUUUGGCGAUGGUAGCUCACAGGCGAGCGCUCGUACAGCAGCAGAUGCUCAAGUCGAGUCAUCGAGCGACAACGCUGCCUCUUCCUCGAAAGCAGCACGGCAGCAGCAAACAAACGCAGGACCCUACUUGCAUCCAGUCACAUCUCUCGACUACGCCUCGACAUCUGCAGCUGCGACAGGCGCACAGGAGAAGCCUUACAAACCUAAACGCAAGCAGAAAUCCAUCACUUACGGCGCGCCUCUCGCCUCGGUCACAUCUUCUCGCCGCGUACCCGGUUCAAUACCUCAUAUAGAUGAACUGAGCGCAAAUGAGGCACUUUUCCAGCUCAUAGCCGUACAAGCCAAACGCGCAGGUUUCGAUGCGGCCACUUCUUCAGCACUGCACGAGGUUAGUCAGCUCGCCAAAAAGUUUGUGACUUCGGUAUUUUCAGCUGCUACGCACGCGGCAGAACUCUCCUCUCGGGACCAGCCCUCAGCAAGAGACCUCAUAUAUGCAUUGGAGACCCACGGCCAACCGAUCCGCGAGUUGCAUGACUUUCACCGCCAGCAGCUAGUCGACGGUGCAAGCGAAACGAGCUACGCUAGAGCAAAGGCAAAGGAGCAUGCAACAGCACCGCAGACAUACACACCAAGGAAAAGAUCAUCGCUCAGGGACCGUCAAACAGAGCUCGGAUCUGCUAACGAAGACUGGGUGCAGGGAAGCAAUGCAUUCUUACCAUCCGACUCGGACGAUGGCUCCGAACUGGACGCAUGGUCUGUCAGCAGCGACUCGGACUACGAAUAUGGCAACCGCCGUGCAGCUGUGCAUGCUAGGGUCAUGAAGCGCAAACACGAUAUCGCACGAGUGCUCUCCAAGAAGCAACGUCGUCAGGACAAGCUGCGCCAACUCACCAGCAGCGAGCCGGGCAAUUCGACGUCAUCAUCUUCGGCGAGGGAUCUGCGCGCCCUCACAUCAGGCGAGCGCGCUUGGCGACGGAUCGCUGACCAUGUUGUGCCUCGACAUUUGCCAGGGAUGCCACCGAGGCAUGCGUGGAUGCAAACGCCAGCGUACCCUACCAAUGCGUAUGGAACCUUACCGGGCGGUACUGGGGACGACGACGAGGAAGCCAGCAAGGGGAAGAGAGAUCCACUAAUCUUGGUCAACAGAAAGCUGGCCAAUGCUAGGUUGGUCGAAGCCUCGCUAAGGAAGUUGAUUCAGAACACAGACCGAGCUGCGGCCUCAGCGUACGCCGCUUCGUCGACGACCAACGGCACGGCCGCGACGAGCGCAGAACCAUCGUCGUCCGCAGCAGAGCCACAGGUUGCUACUCCGACAUCUGCUUCAUUCGCUACAACCGUAGCGACGGGGGUAGUGACUGGAGGCUUUGCAGUGCCCAAGACACCUGCAAGUGGCAGCGGUGCUAGCGGAUUGACGCUGCGACUCAAUCGCAAGAUCAGUUUGCCAGCUUCUGCGUUCAACUCACCUACGCAGACGCAGCCUUCGACGCCAAUCACCAGUCGGAGACCAUCAAAUGCCGCGCCUGUCGGUUCAGUCGCGAGCGCAAGUGGAGCACCAGGCACACCAUUGGGCAUGGGCAUGUCGAUGGGUUGGGGAGGCGAGCCGCUCAUGUCGCCGCUGACACCCGUAUCAGCUACUCUAGGAGGGCCUAUGACGCCGUACCCGCCUACACCAGGUGGAGUCUACGGACAUUACUUUGGAUCCAGCGUCAACACGGGCCACGGAUCAGGUGCGAGCGGAUACCGUUCACGGUCGCAAUCCACGGUUACAGGUCACGGCGAUGUGUACGGAGGCGCUUUGACGGGAGGUGGAGACAGCAACGGCGGCGCAGCAGCCGACCAGCUAGGCGUCAGAGUGCCAAGUGCAGUCAACUACAAGAACGUGUGGUAUGCGCCAGGCAGCACCAUCGCCAGUGGUGGGUUGGCGGCGAGUGGUGCUUCAGCUAAGUCGUCGGCUGGAGCAGGUGCAGGUGGUAAUCAUCCUCGUUCAGUCAAGAGGAUGCGGAAGUGGAAAGUGUAA